CUGUUUCAUCUUUCUAUUUCAGUGUUUUACUGAGCCGUAGGAAUUGUAAGUCAUCUCGAGUAUACUUAUGAUAGCUUGCAGGGUGCCAGUAUUAUUCUCCUCUCUCUGUGCUGGAGCGAAGCGCACGACUCGUAUACUGCGAUUGAUAAAUAUAUCAUAAACCCUUGAGGAAGAGUGCCUUCCUCAUUUACCGCUGCCAAGAUUUCUUGAACAUUUUACGUGCUUUAAAACCCGCAUUAUUAUUAUUUUAACUGAGAAUUUACCGAACUUCUUACAAUAAUGAGUUGGAUUUGGGUAAAACUCAACAUGCUAUGAAAACUGUGCAAAUCAGUGCUUAGUGAGAUUUGAGUGUGGAGAGAAAUAGUUUAAUUCUAGUUUUGGGAGGUUUGCUGUAUAAAAAAUAUAUAUAAACAAUGGGUGAGUCGAAAAACGGAGAGAAAAAGAAGGUGAAAAUCAACGACGAUAGAGGGGGCACGGUAGAAGUUAGUGAGAAACAUGGACCUCUUUUUAAUGCCAUACCUAAGAUGCAUUUAUGUGCUGCAGUCAUUCUUUGCCUCGUAAAUAUUGCCAUUCCAGGCAUGGGAACUUUUAUUUCAGCGUUCACCGUAUUUUGUGGUUGUCCUACUAAAAUAGAGAAACGUAUGAAUGCAUUUCUCCUCAACCUGCUAGCGGCCUUCCUACAAAUGGUGACAUUCAUCGUCAUUGUCGGCUGGAUUUGGAGUAUUUUAUGGGGAAUGAAUUUUGUACAGCUUGCUAGUAAGUUUCCACCAUGCACAUUUUCCUUUACUUCUUCCAGUGGUAUAGACUUUUAG